AUGUCCUACUACGACAGCCCGCAGUGGUCCGGCCCCGGCCAGAACAGCUGGGAGCACCAGAGCGGAACCUCGACGCCUGUCCGAACCGGUGCCAACGGACCCCAGUCCCAGGACGAAUAUGCUUUCUCCUACCAGUUUGACGAGGUCGACCGCGCCUUUGAAAACUUGCAAAAGUCCGCCAAAGGCUACGGCAUGGGACGUCGUGAGUUACCAAAGCCAGGCGAGCUGAUCAACGCCGCCCGCACCUCUCGGCGUGCCGGUGGCCUUGGGCACGUCGUCAAGGCAGCGACUAACCAUUCGCCAUCGCCCGUCCUGCGAGCAGAUACGCGUCUCCCGCGCUCGCACGUCAGCUCCUUCGACGACGGCCGCGGUCCCCAGAACCUUUCGCACUUUUACGCCGCCCAUCGUCACCAGCCCUCGCGGGGCGCCGGCGAUGCGGAGCAGGUCUUGCAGGCGAAGAGGAGGAUGGCCGCCCAGCGGGAGCGUGAGCUCCGCAACCUCCACACGGAGCAGCAGUAUCAACGAAACGUCUUGACCGAGGUGCCCCAGAGCAAACAGAUGUCGGAGGAGGAGACGCGAGAUCUCAUCGCCCGCCAGCGCAGUGCCUUGUACGGCGAGGGACCCUUUGCGGACAAGAACGGCUACGUCGACGAGACGGGCAACGUGCGCCCCGGCGCCCCGCCGCACAGCGGUCCCUCGAGCAUGCGCGGCCCCUCGCCCAUGACCUUUGACGCCGUCGGCCGCGCCCCCGACGCGCCGGCGCCCGCCUCGACGAGCGAGCACGCGAGCCCGCGGCCCCAGAGCACGACGAGCCCGGCGGGACCCACCAACAGGGCCUUUGAGGCGGUCGGACCCCAGAGCCGCACGAGCACCUCGAGCCCGGGCGGAUCCCCGCCCCUCGACGUGCAGGGAUCGAAGCCCGGCAUGGGCCCCGUCGCUCCCAUCGGCACUCGUCCGUCCGCCGCCGCGCCGGCCGGCAAGCACUCGCCCCUGGCCGGCGGCUGGGGACGCGGCAACGGCGUCUGGGGCCAGUCCGGCCUCGGCGCCCAGGCGAGCGUCUGGGGAUGA